CCGUCAGUUGUUUUUGAGUGAUGGCGCUGCUUAAAUUCUUUACAAUGAUCAGAUAAAACGAGAAAACCGCAGUGGUUUAUCGAAGCGGAGGGAGUCUUUUAUUUGUGACGAUAAGCCUUUAUUGUUUAAAAAGUUGUGGAGCUGUUACCAUGUCUGUGCCUCCAGAAAUACCUUCCGAGUUGAAGAGAUUAAUUGGAAGUCAUCUGUUGAGGAUGGGCAUUCAGAGGAAAAUCCGUGAGGUUCUGUCUGAAGCUGUAAAGAAUGAUCCAGAUCCCACAGAAGCGGUUCUUUCUGAGACUACCAUCCUCCAGGCCCUGCAGCACAAGGGCAUCGUGGAUGAAGUGAUGAGGGAUUUGCACUUUACUAAGGAAGCACCAGCAGAUCCACAACCAGCCUCUCUUUCAAAACCUUCUCCCUACAUGGUUGACGAAGAUCAGAACCAGCUGAAGAAAACCCAUAUUGACCCAUCCAGACAGUACCUUUAUCUUGGAGUUCUUGGGGGUAAAGCCUUUCUGGAACACUUUCAGGAACCAGAGCCAUUACCAGGCCAGGUGUGUUCUACAUUUACACUCUACCUGCACUUCCGCAACCAGAGGUUUUGCUCAAAGCCGGUACCAUGUGCCUGUGAACCCGACCUGAAGGAUGGCUUCCUGUUAGAGCUCCACCGAGACGGCAUAGUCAAUGGUGCAGCAGAGGGCGGGAAGAUGGUGGAUGCUACUGCCAUGCUGUCUAUAUGUGACCCGGUGCACUUGGUGUUAAUCAGGACGGACAUGUCCAGUGAGACAACGCUGGUCUCAUCCUAUUUCCUGGACUGGAGGAAGGUCCUCAGCUCGCCCAGCGGGAAGACCUGCUUUGCUGUGGAGCUGAUGGGAGUUGGAAGUGAAUGUAAAGUCGCAGCUGGUGUUUUGACUGUCAGUCUGGAGCUGUACCCGCCCCUCACAGCGACUCUGAGCGAUGACAUCAUCACCACACAGCAAACGCUGGAGCGGCGGAGAGCAGCAGAGAAGGAGAGACAUUUCUUAGGUUACGCCAAACAGUGGUGGAGGGAGUUCCUCGACAUUCGUCCAUCACACCAGCACAGAAUGGUCAAGAUCUUUGCGCAGGAUGAGAAUGGUGUCAGCAGGCCAGUGUGCUCGUAUGUGCGCGUUCUCCGAGCCGGCCGAAUCCUCGAGAGCCCGCGACAGGCAGCUCGCUUUGUCAGCCUGCUGGCCCACGAGAAGGCCCCGGUGGUGGGAGGCGGCGGUAGACAGGAGCAGUGGAGCACAGUCAUGGCUUUCCUCUCCAGAGGCAAGGGUGACUGUGAAGACCACGCCACCCUGCUGUGCAGCCUGCUGCUGGGCUUCGGCCUGGAUGCGUACGUGUGCGUGGGCACCAAAGCCAGAGUGGGGCCGCACACCUGGGUGUUGACCCGCAGCACUGACGGAAGCAUCACCUUCUGGGAGAGUCUGACAGCACACAGAUACCUGCACCAGCUAAUGGACCCAGAUGCUCCUCCCCUGUCACCCCAGCCCAAACCGUCAUCCCCCUACCGCACUGUUGGCUGUGUCUUCAACCAUCAGACCUUCCUCGCCAACUGUCAACCCUCUGAUGCUGUGGAGCUCUGUGUCUUUGACUUCCAGAAUCCGUCUCGAUGGAAACAGAUGAGCGAAGAGGCUAUAAGGUGUGUUUGCGCCCCGGGCUCCAUCACCUCGCUGCCUCCUCUGCCGCCGCUCUGUGCACCGUCUCUGGAUCCGGCUGCUGCCAGCAACCAGCUAGAGCUGGAGAUGCGCUCCCUGGUCUCUGAGCACCGGAAGGACCUGGAGCUGUCCACAGUCUGGGACGACCAUCUGUGCUACCUGUUAUCCUCUGCGCUGUCGGUGUACGAGCUGGAACGCUGCACUGGAAUCUCCUGUGGUAACGAGGAGUUCCAGGAUGCUGUGAGGAGGGCGGUGCCAGACGGACACACCUUUAAAGGCUUCCCCAUCCACUUUCUGCACCGGAAUGCCCGUAGAGCCUUUGCCACCUGCCUCAGGAAUGCGUUUUUUGAGGAGAUCGUGCGUUGUCGUGGAGACCAUGUGAGGCUGGCGGUCCGUGCUCGUGUGUUUGUCUACCCCGAGAACACAUGCGCAGUGUGGUUUAUGUUUGCGUCUAAAUAUCGCUCUGUGCUCUGACCGCUAGACGCAAGGUGACAAUUUGACACGGACUCUGAUCAACGCUCCACGUUGUCUGGAUGAUGUCACAGGUGUGGUGGCCGUCGCCUUUCUGUCCUUAUCUUUUUGUCGCUUGUGUUUAGCUUGUUCAUGCCACUUAAUUUCUUUCUUCCUUUUUCAUUUUAUUUUACUGAUCUCUUCCUUUCCUGGAAAGUUUAACUCCUAUUACUUUCCUGUGGUCAUAAGCCCAUCUCUGAUUUACCCCCCCUCCCCCAAAAGUAAAAAAAAAUGUGUUCUGUUAAAGGUCAGCAACAAUGAUUUCAUUCAUUCUGCAUAGUUGAUGUUAUGUACUGUAGUGUUCAGAAUAAUAGUAGUGCUAUGUGACUAAAAAGAUUAAUCCAGGUUUUGAGU